AUGACUAAACUGAGCCGCGAAUUGGCAACCAAACUGGCUGGAAAAACAAAUUCAGCAGAUCGGGACCCCACAGUUGUGUUUCGGUCAGUUUUGCUGUCUGUUGGGAUCGAAAACCCCGUGAUACGUGGAGGGUCUGACUACCACGGAGAAUUGGCUCAGCAACUUCAUGAUUUUUUGGUGCCAAUUUUGACAAAUGUUGGAGGGGUGGUUGCUCUUGCGGAGGCGUUUUGUCAUUACAACCGAGCUCGGUCACUUUCUCUUAUUUCCCCUCAGGAUAUGCUUUCCGCUGUUAAUCGUUUUUGUGAUAUUCGCGGACAAAAAAUAUUUUUAAAAAAGUUUGAAAGUGGUGCUGCUGUUUUAAUGUUGGAGUCUUUUGAGGGUGAGUUUCUCGGUUCCAAAGUUGCUGAUUGUCUGCGUCUGAGUGGUCCUCUUACUGGUAUUUUUGGAAUUUGUAAAAUUUGA